CCAGUAGUCAGAAGACCUGGUUUCUAGAAGAGUCAAGAUCAGAUAUCACUGAGAUGGAUUUUCAGUCUGUAAAUUUAGAUACUGACCGAGCUUUAUCAUUACUGGAAGAAUACUGCAAAAAAUUAAGGAAACCAGAAGAGCAGCAGUUGAAAAACGCUGUUAAAAAGGUGAUGGGUAUCUUUAGGAGCAGCUUAUUUCAAGCUUUGCUAGAUAUUCAAGAAUUUUAUGAAGUGACAUUGCUAAAUUCUCAAAAAAGUUGUGAGCAGAAGAUAGAAGAAGCCAAUCAAGUUGCACAGAAAUGGGAGAAGACAUCGCUUUUUGCUCCAUGCCAUGAUAACCUUCAGAAGUCUGCAGAGCUUACAGGUUGCAGUGGACCAAAGGAAAAUGCUUCAUGUAUUGAACAGAAUAAAGAAAAUCAGUGUUUUGAAAAUGAAACGGACAAGAAGACCAGUCAAAACCAAGGCAAAUGCCCGGCCCAGAAUUGUUCAGUGGAAGCUCCUGCUUGGAUGCCUGUUCACCACUGUACUAAGUAUCGCUACCAAGAUGAGGAUGCUCCACAUGAUCAUUCCUUACCUCGACUAACCCAUGAAGUAAGAGGCCCUGAACUCGUGCAUGUAUCAGAAAAGAACCUGUCGCAAAUAGAAAAUGUCCAUGGAUACGUCUUGCAGUCUCACAUCUCUCCUCUGAAGGCCAGCCCUGCUCCUAUCAUCGUCAACACAGAUACUUUGGACACAAUUCCUUAUGUGAAUGGAACUAAAAUUGAACAUGAAAAUAAAACUAUCAUACUGGAGAAAGGGAAUUCUGGCCUGGGAUUCAGUAUUGCUGGAGGGACAGAUAAUCCCCAUAUUGGAGAUGACCCGGGCAUAUUUAUUACGAAGAUUAUACCAGGAGGUGCUGCAGCAGAGGAUGGCAGACUCAGGGUCAAUGAUUGUAUCUUGCGGGUGAAUGAGGUCGAUGUGUCUGAGGUUUCCCACAGUAAAGCAGUGGAAGCCCUCAAAGAGGCGGGGUCGAUCGUUCGGCUGUACGUGCGGAGAAGACGACCCAUUUUGGAGACUGUUGUGGAAAUCAAACUGUUCAAAGGGCCUAAAGGUUUAGGCUUCAGUAUUGCAGGAGGUGUGGGGAACCAGCACAUUCCUGGAGACAACAGCAUUUAUGUAACUAAAAUUAUAGAUGGAGGAGCUGCACAAAAGGAUGGAAGGUUGCAAGUAGGAGACAGACUUCUAAUGGUAAACAACUACAGUUUAGAAGAAGUAACACAUGAAGAGGCGGUAGCCAUAUUGAAGAACACGUCAGAUGUAGUUUAUCUAAAAGUUGGCAAACCCACCACCAUUUAUAUGACUGAUCCUUAUGGCCCACCUGAUAUUACUCACUCUUAUUCUCCACCGAUGGAAAACCAUCUACUUUCUGGCAACAAUGGCACUUUAGAAUAUAAAACCUCCCUGCCGCCCAUCUCUCCAGGAAGGUACUCACCAAUUCCAAAGCACAUGCUUGUUGAAGAUGAUUACACCAGGCCUCCGGAACCUGUUUACAGCACUGUGAACAAACUGUGUGAUAAGCCUGCUUCUCCCAGGCACUAUUCCCCUGUUGAGUGUGACAAAAGCUUCCUCCUCUCAGCUCCCUACCCCCACUACCACCUAGGCCUGCUCCCUGACUCUGAGAUGACCAGUCAUUCCCAACACAGCACUGCAACCCGCCAGCCUUCAGUGACUCUCCAACGAGCCAUCUCACUGGAAGGGGAGCCCCGCAAGGUGGUCCUACACAAAGGCUCCACUGGCCUGGGCUUCAACAUCGUGGGCGGGGAAGACGGAGAAGGGAUUUUUGUAUCCUUCAUUCUGGCUGGUGGACCAGCGGACCUGAGCGGGGAGCUCCAGAGAGGAGACCAGAUACUAUCCGUGAAUGGCAUUGACCUCCGCGGAGCAUCCCAUGAACAGGCUGCUGCUGCACUAAAGGGGGCUGGACAGACGGUGACGAUUAUAGCACAAUACCAACCUGAAGAUUACGCUCGAUUUGAGGCCAAAAUCCAUGACCUACGAGAGCAGAUGAUGAACCACAGCAUGAGCUCCGGGUCCGGGUCCCUGCGAACCAAUCAGAAACGCUCCCUCUAUGUCAGAGCCAUGUUUGACUAUGACAAGAGCAAGGACAGUGGGCUGCCAAGUCAAGGACUUAGUUUUAAAUACGGAGACAUUCUCCAUGUUAUCAACGCCUCUGAUGAUGAGUGGUGGCAAGCCAGGAGAGUCACCCUGGAGGGAGACAGUGAGGAGAUGGGGGUCAUCCCCAGCAAACGGAGGGUGGAGAGAAAGGAACGUGCCCGAUUGAAGACAGUGAAGUUUAAUGCAAAACCUGGAGUGAUUGAUUCAAAAGGGUCAUUCAAUGACAAGCGUAAAAAGAGCUUCAUCUUUUCACGAAAAUUCCCAUUCUACAAGAACAAGGAGCAGAGUGAGCAGGAAACCAGUGAUCCUGAACGAGGGCAAGAAGACUUCAUCCUUUCUUAUGAGCCUGUCACAAGGCAGGAAAUAAACUAUACUCGGCCAGUGAUUAUCUUGGGUCCCAUGAAGGAUCGGAUCAAUGAUGACUUGAUAUCUGAAUUUCCUGACAAAUUUGGCUCAUGUGUGCCCCGUAAGUAUCAUUUUUCUCUUCUCUAGAAAAAAGCUGAGAAAGAUCAGAAAAAAAACCAUAUAUUAAAAUCAUCUCAGUAUGACGACAACUUGUAUGGAACCAGUGUGCAGUCUGUGAGAUUUGUAGCAGAAAGGGGCAAACACUGUAUACUUGACGUAUCGGGAAAUGCCAUCAAGCGGCUACAAGUUGCCCAGCUCUAUCCCAUCGCCAUCUUCAUUAAGCCCAAGUCUCUGGAGCCCCUGAUGGAGAUGAACAAGCGUCUAACAGAGGAACAGGCCAAGAAAACCUACGAUCGUGCAAUUAAGCUAGAACAAGAAUUUGGAGAAUAUUUUACAGCUAUUGUCCAAGGAGACACCUUAGAAGAUAUAUAUAACCAAUGCAAGCUUGUUAUUGAAGAGCAGUCUGGGCCUUUCAUCUGGAUUCCCUCAAAGGAAAAGUUAUAAAUUAGCUACUGCACCUCUGACAACGACAGAAGAGCAUUUAGAAGAACAAAAUAUAUAUAAUAUACUACUUGGAGGCUUUUAUGUUUUUGUUGCAUUUAUGUUUUUGCAGUCAAUGUGAAUUCUUAUGAAUGUACAACACAAACUGUGUGAAGCCAUGAAGGAAACAGAGGGGCCAAAGGGUGGGACAGAAAAGACACUGCAGUAUGCAGAAAGGCUUUGGUUUGCUCAAGGGGCCAGGUGUAGGGAUGAAUCCCUGAAGGGCUUUGUGCCCAAGAGAUGGGCAGCCUCCUCACCCCAGCAGAUGUCCAGAGCUGAUUUAGCUGCUGAGCUCUCUGUGUUUUUUGCUUUAAAGAAAAGUUGCCAGCACUUGAACUUCACCAACCUUCCCAUUACCCACAUCUGUAAUUGGUCCACUUCGAAUUUUAUAACUAUGCACAUCCUUUGGUUUCUUAACAAGCAAAAGAAAGAAAGAAGGAAGGAAAAAAGAAAAGAGCCCCUUUUGGAGACGGCAUAAUAUCAGGGAAGGAUAAGCGUGUAGUUUCUUUGAUGGGCAUCUGCAAAGAUGAGCAUUUCACAAAUUCGCAAGUGUAUGGAGGACUGACCUUACUGAGAGGAGGGGAUUCCCCCUGGGGUUAGCUUUAUGAUUGUUUAUUGUCUAUUUUGCCAUUUAUAAACUGAAAGAAGGCACUAAAGAUGAGAAUAAUUUAUACAAUAAAAAUAUAUUAAAUGUAUAGAAACAAAUUUCUAUAGGUUAAAAAAGUUUUGUGAAAUAUUUUGUAAAGACAAAUUAAUGGAAAGACUAAAUGUGUGCACUAUCCGCAGACGAUCAAAGUCAAGAACUGAAAGCUGCACUCUCCCUUCUGUUGCCAAUGAUUCAUUAAGAGCAUCUGAGGUCCUUCCGAAGUCUGACACAGACUUCUCCCUCACUUACCUCCCAUGAUCUCCCUUCCUUAUUAGUGAUACACUCUCACGGAACGCACCCCUUAAUGAGUUGCCCUCAUGGAUAUUUUUGGAAGACAUUUGGUUAAUGCAUUUUUAAGCUGAUGGCUCUCAGAGACCAACUCAUGCGAAUGAACUCAAGGGAAGUUUUCGCUUUUCUCUCAUUAAACAUCCUGGGCCUGCCAUGCAAAUAGUUGAAUAACUUUGUUCCUAGCUACUUAUAUACAGUUCUUAAACAUCAUUUAGUAUUUUGGCCAACCAUGAGUAAUUAGGCCUUUUUUUUUUUUUUUUUUUUGUCGCAAGUAACUGAGGUUUUAUAACAGCCAGAGAUGGUCUAGAGCCCUGGAGAGAUCUGUCCCAAGAUGCACUUCUUCUCUGAGAAAGAGAUAAAGAAGUAUUUGGUUAGGGGUACAGACUUUUGUUCCUGUGUACAGGGCAAGAGAAUCAUAAGAAAAGACAAUUAACGACUUUGAACUCAACCAAUUGAACUGCCUUUCUUGGGGGCUGCACCUGGACCAAGUUUGUUUUUUUAGCCAUGAUACUGAUGAUGAUUUAAAACAAAAAGAAACCUCCCGAAGCCUAUAUCCUACUUUAGAGCCAAUGGUGACAUCAGCAUUGCUUAUGCCCAAGGUGUUUAGAGAGAGACUUUUCAGUAAUCUGAAUAACCACACAACUCUGGGUUCUGUGCAUGCCCAGACCAAGCCCCAUCGCCUUAUUUUUGGGGUAUACAUCCAGACCUGGCAGGGAUUCUGCCACACUGUGCAGCAAACCAGCAUAGAGGCUGGGACGGUAGAGCUAGAGAUGGAGCCAUCAGCCGUGAUGGGGCUUCUUCCCAGUAAGAACAUCAGAGCUCGGAAUGAGGGUCUCUUUCAAAAACAAGCAUUUGUUCAGCUUACACUAAAUACCACUGUCUGAUUGGCUGCAGUCACCGAAACAAACACAAAAAUUAUGCAUCUACCUAUAGUCUUGAGGCCGCCUUUGCCAAUGGCAGGGCUGGCAAUGUAUUUUCCCUCUGAUGAAAGUUAUGUUUCUGGAGAUUUUCUUAGAUUGCCCAGAAUGUGAAAGAUGUGUCCACGUCUGCCAUGCGCCAGUUUCAGGUCGAGGUCUACUUUCAUCAGUAUUGCUCCCGGAAGUCUCCUGCCACCAGAACGCCAUUCCUGAUCCCAGCUCUCUUUUUAGGCCACCAUGAUAACUUCUUUGGUUUCUCAACUGAGCAUGCAACCAUUUAUUUAAAGGACUGUCAUUAAUGAGUAGAUGUUUCCGCGGGUCGUGUGAUUGACGUGCUUUCCAUUUACUAUUAAGUAUUGCUGUGGCUGAGUAUAAUCAAAUUGAACCACCAACCCUUGGUUUUGUAGUAAUAUAAUUAUUUAUUUUCCUAGUGUAGAUGCUUUCAGAUUCGAGUUGGCAUUUGCACUGAUUUUUUUAUGUAGAUUUAUAUAAAUAUAUAAAUAUAUAUACAUAUAUAUUUGCUUGAAGAAUCACCAAGCAAAUUGGUGAGAGGGUCUUUUCCUAUAGAAUUUACACCACCAUUCGUUGUGUUGUCCUGCGCUUCCCAAUGUUGAGGUCUCUAUGGCUCCAAAGAAUCGGUGUAUUUUGCAGCAAAUCUGAUGACUGGUAUGGAAACGGCAUGAAAGUUACCUAGAUUACAUCUGGUGCAAAUGCACUUGGAGCCUAGGGCCAGACUGGUGCUAACACUGCAAACUUUGUCCGGAGCUCUCUCCAAUCUGAAGGCUUGCUGGGGGCGCACUGUCACAUUCACAUGCUGGGCCCUUUCAGAAAAGUGCCAGAUCGUGUCACUGGUGCUAUUUUUCAUGCUCUGGUACAAUGUGUAGCACCACGGGGGUCUCAGCUUUACCAAAAUCUAAACCCCAUUUGUCAGCUAAUCGCAGGGGCAUUUGUUUUUUGCUCUCCUUUUGCAGGAUUUGUUGGCCAUUUCUUUGCAGGCCUUUUCUCUUGGCCCCAAGUUUUUGGGUGGGCUCUAUCUGUUCAGUGAGCCCACCUUUACAAAGCUGCACUCAGGUGCCUGUGAGCUGUCUUAGAUCCUACUGCCAGCCCUUCGGGACUCCAAGCCAGGGAAAAGCUCUCCACUCCUCUGGCUCUGCCUCUGGUUCUUUCUCAGUCCUUUUAUCUGCUUUCCCCUUUCUCUUUUUAUCUCAUUCCAUCAGCCUUUGGGGUACCUCUCCUUUUAUCCUUCCUUCCUGUCUUCUCUGAGUUGUUCAUUUUCUCCUGUAAUCCUUCUGAACUCCCUCCCUUUCAUUCCCCAUCUCCUUGUUGAUCUCUCCUUUAUUUUCACACUUCCCCCUUCUUAUCUUUCCCCUUAUCACACUUUCCCCUCCUUACCUGUUCUUUCUCUUUCCCUCGCAUCUCUCAUCACCUCUCAUACCCCACCUCUUAGUUUUUAUGUCCUAUAAGGGCUCAUGGCUGAUUCAGACAGCAAGUCCAUAGAUUGGACUCAUGACACAAAUACUUUGGGUCACUGUUUCACCUCCGCAGCCCAGAAAGCGAAGCUGAGCGUGAGGUCCUGAACUGGAGCACCGCUCACUGAGCCAGCCUGCACCGCUGCCUUGGCAGUGACGCUGCACGUGCUCUGGGCCCUGCCGGCACCUGGGUGACUGCCUGCCUGAAGGCUGGUCCAAAGCGAGCCCACUCCCAGCACCAUUCCGCGGCUCCGAGGACACUCCCUUUCAAUAAAGGCAGACUCCAGCCCCAACAGCUAUUCUGACAGCAAACCUCUUCCUUCUCAUUGGAACCAUGCCAUCGCCUUGAUUUGAAGAGACACAUUUUUUUCUCUUUCAUAAGCUUUUUUUUUUUUCCUCCCCGUUUUUAUGUGAAGCCCCCUCUGCUUUUCAGCUGGUGAUUGCUCUGGUGAGAUUGAAUGGACUCACUGGUGAAAUAACAUCUCUUUUUUCCUGUCUUGGUCCUUUCUAAGAAAUUCCUACAAAAAACAUUUAAGUCAAGGACUCAGGCUAGUUCCUAGGUUUAUCACAGUAAUGUGUCACUCCUAGGGGGAAAAGGGGGGACAUUUCCCUUAAAGCAUGUGGAGUACCUCCUGUGACAACUGAUGUGCCAGAGGGCUCCCUAGAGAAUUCUAUGGAUAUAUAUUUUAUUUAUGUGUAUGUAUGGUAUAUGUGGUAUGUAUAUCAUGUAUACACAUACUACAUUUGUGAAUGAAUGUGGAUGGAAACCCACACACCACCCCCCUCCAGUCUGUAAAUAUCCUUCCUCACUGAAAACUGUGCUUUGGAAAUCAUAUCUUGUACAGCUGUGCAGUUUCUUGUAGCAGCUGAGGACAAGCUAACACAGGUGAAUGAUUUGGACAAAGAUCAUCUAAAAGGUAGAAUUCAGAAUCUCCCCAGCAACUCAUGAGGACAGACAAGCAAAUGGCAAGGUGGACUCCCCAUAGGAAGGCAAAUUUUUCUUCUCUCCUUUUUGAAUUUGUGUUUCCUGUGUCUUAACUUCUGAGUGCACCAGGCUGUACCCGUUAGAGCCUUUCAAUAUGGCGGUUUUGUGCUUCUCUCUGACAGGAUUUUCCUCCAUUGAGCUGUAGUGCAGGAUGGGAGGGAGGGGGAAAUACUCCUUGCCUGGGCUGGAGUUUACAGAGACACUGCACAGCUUACACUCCUGUUAAGUGUAAAUAUUCGACACUUCCAUUCCAUUUGUGUAAAAAAUAAAGCACACACGAUUAUAAAAUUAAGAUGUAUAUUUCAUA